AUGAUCUACUCCUCCGGAAGAGAGUCCUACUUCAACCUGAACUCCACCUGGUAUGACCCUGCUGGGUCCUGGCUGGACACCCGGCGCACACCGUUCCGUUAUGGCUACAACAACUGCUGCUCCUCACGGUGCGACGGCGAAGGCGUGGAGGGCAUGAGAGGGCACAACUACCGGCACUACGGCUACCGGCAGCCGGUCUGCUCUGAGAGAUGCCAAGGCUACACCACUGCUGAGUCGUGCCAUGGAGGUGGAGGGUCCAGCUGCGCCAGGAGACCCACCUACAGCUAUGGGUCAACGGGGGGAUGUCAGGGCUAUGGGAGAUCAGUGUGCUCCGAGAGGUGCCAGGGGUCCUCAGGUUCGUGCCAUGGAGGUGGCGGAUCCAGCUGUGUCAGGAGGCCCACCUACAGCUAUGGGUCAACUGGAGGAUGCCAAGGCUAUGGGAGGUCGGUGUGCUCUGAGAGGUGCCAGGGGUCCUCGGGUUCGUGCCAUGGAGGUGGUGGUUCGAGCUGUGUCAGGAGACCCACCUACAGUUAUGGGUCAACUGGAGGAUGCCAGGGCUAUGGGAGGUCGGUGUGCUCCGAACGGUGCCAGGGCUCCUCCGGAGGGGGAUGCCACAGUUCAGUUCAGCAGCCACAGUGCAGUGAGCCGGUGCAGUGCAUCCCACAGUGCGGCCCCAUGCCAGCCCCUGUGCAGCAAGUGCCCACGGCCAAGUGCAUCCCCCGCCAGCAACAGCAGCAGGUCUGCAAGGUACCAGCCCGGAAGAUAAAGUAAGGGAUGCAAAGAGUGGGGAUGAGUGAAAAACUUCUCAUAGUGUUGCCCUGGUGUUCCACAUGUCCUUGGAGAUUUCCACUCUUCCUGUCAUGUUGCUCGUGAUGUGAUUUGAAGACGUAACCCACUGUCUCAGUGUGCAAUGCCAAGUGUUUUCCUUGUCUUUGUGAGUCAUGUAAUACUGCAAUACCCUCGUGCUGUGAUUGAUUCACCUCCCUUCGUUCUUUCAUGGCUGGUA